AUGUCUGCCUUCGUCACAGAAUGGGCUAGGGCCCAGGGACAAAAGGGAGCUACCUCCAAGUCUACUCCCGUGUUCUAUCGCAACCUGGAGGCGGAGUUGGAUGUCCGCCGAAAACGGGGUAGCCUGAUGCGGCCCCAUGUAAAAGAAGGCAUCACUGACUUCUCUUCUGGCGAUUCUCUUGGCCUGCUCUCCUCCGGAGCUUUGAAAGAUGCCUUCCUGGAAGAAUUCAAAGAUCUUCCAAAUGGUCGCAUGACUAUUCCCGGUUCUCGACUGAGCGACGGUAAUUCCAAGUACCUCGAGCAGUUGGAAAAGGAAAUCGCCGAAUUCCACAACGCUGAGAAUGCGCUCGUUGUCAACAGUGGCUGUGUAGCCAACAUGGCAAUAUUUUCCACUAUUCCCCUCGCUGGAGAUGCCAUUCUCUACGACGAGCUUGUCCACGCAAGUAUUCAUGAUGGCAUGAAGAAUAGCGUAGCACGCUGCCAAAAAUCAUUUCUGCACAAUGACGUGGACUCUUUCUCGGACACUCUUCAAAGCAUUGUUGAAUCUGAGCCUCAGAUUCGCAAUGGAACACGAUCUGUAAUCGUCUCUGUCGAAUCCGUGUACAGCAUGGAUGGAGAUAUUUGUAUAUUGCAGGAGCUCAUCGACGCAGCAAAGGAGAUUCUUACUCACGACAACGCACUAUUCAUCAUCGACGAAGCGUAUGGUACUGGGAUUCUUGGUCCCAAAGGAUCGGGCCUCGUCUGCGAGCUCGGUCUUGAGAAGGAGGUGGGCAUCCGCCUGCACACUUUUCCCAAAGCCUUGGGCUCUACUGGAUCGGCCAUUCUCGCCAAUGACACCGUUAAAAUGAUGCUCAUGAACAAUGCACGAAGUCUGUUGUUCACAGGCGUUCCGUCUUUCCCUAUGCUUGCAUCCAUCCGAGCAGCCUACCGACUCCUUCGAAGUGGAUCCACGAUUGAAUCCCAAAACAAGGUUCAGCAUCUCGUCAAGCUUUUCUUGAAAACGAUUCGAUCCCACCCGGUUUGGGAGCGCGCCAGCAGCUUGGGCAUUCUCCGUAUUCCCCUUUAUGAGGGCGACGAUGACCCUGAGGUUGUCAGCCAGAUCCUCCCUAUCUGGACGCGCGCAAAGCACAAUCUUUACCUGGCAUUCCAUGUUAACCAAGCUGGUUACUCAGGCUAUCCGGUCGUUUUUCCAGUGGUACCUAAGGGACAGGAGCGAGUACGGUUUCUGUUCCAGGCCGCGCAAACAGAUGAGCAUGUCAAGGCUUUUGCGGAUUGCAUCUGCUCUUGGGCUGAAGAGAUGCUUGAAAUCGAAGAUUCUGGUGACCUCAACAGGCUUCCAACGGCCGCUCGUGAUGCUUAUGCAAUCAUGAGUGAAUUUGAAAAUAACAGUAAAUAA